GGCAAGCUGCGCCAACUGCGCCAUGGGUAACAAACUGAGCUGCUCCUGUGCCCCGCUGAUGCGGAAGGCCUAUCGUUAUGAGGAUUCGCCCUGGCAAAGUUCCCGUCGUCGCGAUGGCCAUCUAUUGAGUUCGUUCAGGUUGUGGGCAGAGGUCUUCCAUGUAUCAGCCAGCGGAGCCGGCACCGUCAAAUGGCAACAAGUGUCCGAGGAUUUGGUUCCUGUGAACAUCACCUGCAUUCAGGACUCGCCCGAGUGCAUCUUUCACAUCACCGCGUACAACAGUCAGGUGGACAAGAUACUCGACGUGAGACUUGUGCAGCCAGGUACACGCAUUGGCCAGGCAUCGGAGUGCUUCGUUUACUGGAAGGAUCCCAUGACCAACGACACCUGGGGCCUUAACUUCACCUCGCCCAUCGAUGCCAAGCAAUUCCGCGAGUGCUGUGCCUCGUCGUCGUACUCGCUGAAAUUGGAUCCCCCCGGCAAGGGCAAGGUGAAGGCCAAGCGAAAGCCGCUCAGCACUCCGGCGUCGCCGUCGCGCGUCCGCCAGGAGCCCCAGUGCACCUGCAUGUCCGCCGAGCAGUAUGCGCGCCUGCGAACCGAUCCCCGUGUUAGAGGUUCAUCCACUUUGCCGCGUAACGUUGGUUCGCACCGAAUCACCGACGUCGACGGCCAGCAGCAGGUUGGCUCCGGAAAAGUGGUCAGUGCGGUGAGCAGCACCUCGCUGUACGACAACGUGGCCAGCGGUGGUCCCGGUACCAACCAGGGAGCAGAUACCCUGCCGCGCCAGAUGAAGGGCGGUCAGCAGGAUAGACAGGAUGUGGCCAAUAGCGGAGUCAAUACCAACACUCCGGGCGUAAUCGUCACCGGCGUGGGCAACGUCGGCUCCGAUAUGUGCGGCCAGAAUCACGUGGGCUCACAGGUGGGCAACGAUGACCCGGCCGCGUGCCAAAUGGACAUGGAUCUCUCGAAGAGCGAGGGCACACAGGCCGGCGGCGGACUGCACCAGAGCGUGGGCACAUGCACCUCCUCCUCCAAGGGCACCGGCACCCGCAACAAGGACUUUGGCGAUGAUAUGACACGCGACGCGCACUCGCACGACAUGCACCAGCAUAAUGUAAUCAACAACAACACCCGGCGGAAGACCAAGAGCACCGAGGACAUGAACGUGGACACCAGCACGCUGAAGCGCAUGCUGAAGCCGAUGCCCAGCACCGAGUCGCCGGUGACCUCGCCGGAGAUGGGGCGUCGGCGCUAUAACUACUACAACGCGAAUGCGGCCCAGACAUUGGGCCACCCGCCGCACAUGCACCAGCAUGGCAUGUCGAUGGGAAUGGGCGGCGGCGGAGGCGGCGGCCACCACAUCAUGAACAACAACACGAUGGGCCGUGCCAGCAGUCAGUCGUCGCGAUUCUCCGGCUCGAGAUCCUCGCAUGAAAUCGGACGCGGCUAUCCGCCGCGUAAUCUGUACUUGGAACUGGAGCGGGAACGCAGCUGCAUCGAGGGUUCGCCGCCCUCGGACAAUGUUAUGUUCGACAACCAGUGUUAUGCUACCACACCGAGCUCCAGCAAUGGCAACUCGGAUCAGGAUCAAUCCUACGGACAGCAGCAAUCAUCGGGUCAGCAUUCCCAGCAGCAGCAGGGACCGCCGCAGCGUUCCUCGCGCCAUCAGCACCAUCAUCAGCAGGCUCCCAAUGUGACACCCACUCCGGGCUCACCCACUUCGCGGCUGCUACUCGAGUACGAGAUGCAUCUGAGGAACACUCUGGCCAAGGGCAUGGAUGCCGAAUCCUACAGUCUGCACACUUUCGAAGCCCUGCUCUCGCAAAGCAUGGAGAAUCUGGAAUUCGCUGAAAGCCUACCCGGAUCGAACCAGCGCAGCCCAUAUCCACUACGUAGGCCCAAUGCGAAAUCUUCCACGCUGCCAUUGCCGCCACAUCGGCCAUUGUCUACCAUUCGCGAUAAGGAAAGGGAUCGCGAUCGCGAUGGUUACUACAGUGAUCGCAAUGAGUUGAUCAGGGAGCGGGAACGCGAACGCGAUCGUGGCUAUCUAUCAGAUCAUAAUUCCAGUUUCUCCAACUCGCGAUGCGCCUCUUGCAUUGGCGAAUCGGCUCGGGCCCAGUGGUUCCGUCACUCGGAUGGUUGGCGUUCCGGAAGUUCCACUAUUGGAUCCGGAUCGGGUCAUGGCAUGAUGACCCAGCAGGUUCCUGGCUCCGGGCACAAGCGUUCGCCCUGGGAUUCGCUGCCUUCAUUGCGACAGGACAGCAGUCUCAACGAUUCGGGUUACAAGAGUGCCCGUGCUGAUUCUCUAGAACAACGUGCCGAGUUCAUACGUCAGGAUAGUUUGCGAUCAGAGUAUUUGAGCGAUCGCGAAUCACGCUACGGAAUUGUUCAACAGGCUUCCAUUGAGAGCACCGAUUCAAGGAUGUGCUAUCUAACAUCAUCAGAGAUUUCGGACGAUGAUCGAAUGAGCCUAACUACCGCCGUUUCGGAUGAAGAUGAUGGGGAAAGUGUCAUGGCGUCACCAUAUAAAGCAAAGGCAACUGGCACCGCUGCAUCCUCCUUCAAUUGCACGGGAGCUGUUCGCAAAGCCGGCUUCCUAUCGGUAAAGAAAUGGUUACUACGCAAGAAGCACCAGAUCGAGCUGGCAAGAAAGCGGGGCUGGAAGGGCUACUGGGUGUGCCUGAAGGGCACCACGCUGCUCUUCUAUCCGUGCGAUUCCCGGGAGGGCCGGAGCGUGGAGGCGGCGCCCAAGCACUUGAUUAUCGUGGAUGGUGCAAUUAUGCAACCGAUACCGGAGCAUCCCAAGCGCGACUACAUCUUCUGUCUGAGCACGGCGUUCGGCGAUGCCUAUCUAUUCCAGGCGCCCUGUCAGGUUGAGCUGGAGAACUGGGUGAACAGCAUACACAGCGCCUGUGCCGCCGCCUUUGCCAGGCAUCGCGGAAAAACUGGAACGCUACACCUGCUCCAGGAGGAGAUCUUCCGGCUGGAGAAGGCCAUUGAGUCGGAUCACAAGCUGAAGCACAUGGCCGAACUGCAGCAAUCAGUUGUCACCGAUCAGGAGACGCGUCAUCAGAUCCAGACGCAGAUACUGCAGUGGGAGGAGAAUCUGGAGCGGCUCCACUGCGAGCAGUUCCGGCUGCGCUGCUACAUGGCCUCGCUGCAAAGUGGCGAGCUGCCCAACCCGAAGUCGCUGCUGACACACGUGUCGCGCCCCACGAAGAACACGCUGAACAAGCUGGGCGUGUUCACGGUCUCCUCCUUCCACGCCUUCAUCUGCGCCCGCUCGCCCUCGCUGCUCAACAACCUGCUCGCCGGACGCGGGGCCACCAAGCGGCGACCGCCGAUGCUGUCGCGGUCCAAUAGCGGCUCCAGCCGUCGCUCCAUGCAGAUGAAUUCACGUGACGAACCGGAAAAAACUUUCAAAGUUGCAAUGCCCGACAAUGCUUACUCGACAGUUUAUCUACGUGAUGCCAUGUCUGUGGAGGAAUUCCUCGCCAGCGCCUGCGCCCGUCGCAACCUCAAUCCCAUGGAGCACUUUGUGCGCGUCAAGAAGCGACGUGACAUGGAGGAUCACAAUUACUUUGUGCCGCAUCGCAACGAUCUGAUUGAAAAUUAUCUUCAUAAUCACGAGUUCGUGGAGGUCUGCAUGAAGAUCCUGUACCAGGUGGAGCUCCAGCGCACGACUCUGGAGCAGAUGUGGGGCUUCUCCGUGGAGGCUGAGCUGAUCGAGAAUGCGGAACGGCAGGACGAGCUGUGCUGCUACGUGAGUCGCGUGGAGGACAAGAGUGUGGCCAUGCACAAUGGCAUUAUCAAAGGAGACGAAAUAAUGGUCAUCAAUGGCGCAAUUGUGUCCGAUCUAGAUAUGAUGUACUUGGAGAGCGUCCUGCAGGAGGAACAAUCGCUCAGCAUGAUGAUGCGGUCCUCGCGCACGGAGCCACCAGAUCUAGUGGGGAUCAUGAGGGUAACGGACGAUAUGAUUGACUCGCUGGUCUGUCCGCCGCCGCCCACAGAUCCGCCGGUGAUGAGCGAGGAGAUGAUAACUGGACUGAUUGUUCCGGCCCCCGGUUGGAAUGGCACUAGCAAGGAUUUGUACUCGCCGGAGGCGGAAAGCUCGCCGGCCACCUCCUUUGUGGAUCCUGCCGCAAUGGCCGCCCAGCUGGCGGUGGGCGGCGUGGGAGGCGUGGUCGUGGGCGGACUGGGCGUGGCCAAGCCAACGUCGCGUACGAGCAGCUUUGAGAUUGAGAAUCUGCUAAAGACCGCGGAGCAAGUUACCGGAUUUUGUCGUUCACCCCAGGAAACGCGGAAAUCGAGCCCAACCGGCUCGGUCACCUCAUCGGUGUCGACCACGGCAUUAACACCAUCACGCCAGCUGACCGAUGCGGAGAAACUGCGCAAAGUCGUCAUGGAACUGGUGGACACGGAACGCACCUAUGUGAAGCACCUGAACAACCUGCUGGAGCACUAUCUGGAGCCCAUGAAACGCGAGACAUUCCUGUCCAAUGCCGAGAUCAACGCUCUGUUCGGCAACAUACACGAGAUCGUCACAUUCCAGCGCCAGUUCCUGCAGAAUCUGGAGGAGUCCUUGGACCUGGAGCCGGAUUUCAACAAGUUCGAGCACUGCGGCCAGUUCAGAAAUGUGCUCUUUGCGAUUGGCUCGGCCUUCCUGUACUACGUCAACCACUUCAAGCUCUACUCCUCGUUCUGUGCCAGUCACAGCAAGGCGCAGAAAGUCCUGCAUCCGAACGAGGGCAAUCACGCCCUGCAGGAGUUCCUCGCAGCCAGGAAUCCCAAGCAGCAGCAUAGCAGCACCCUGGAAUCCUAUCUGAUCAAGCCCAUUCAGCGCAUCCUCAAGUAUCCACUGCUCCUGCAGCAGAUGCGCAACCUCACAGACACCCGGGCCGAUGAGCAUGUGCAUCUUUGUGAGGCACUCAAGGGCAUGGAAAAGGUCGCCGAGCACAUCAACGAGAUGCAGCGCAUCCACGAGGAGUACGGUGCCAUAUUCGAUCACCUGUUCCGGCAGCAUCAGAAGUCUUGCAAACAACCCAUUGAUCUAAGUCCAGGGGAUCUGCUGUACUAUGGCGGAGUGGAAUGGCUUAACAUCUCGGACUUUCUGGGCAAGAUCAAGAAGGGACUGGAACUGCAUGCCAUGUGCUUUGUGUUCAAGUCGGCUGUGGUGUUCCUGUGCAAGGAGCGACUGCGUCAAAAGAAGAAGUUGAUGGGCGUUUCCAGCAAGAAUGCUACCAAUGAGGUCGAGAUCAUUCGCUACCAGGUGCUCAUACCCGUAACCGAGGUGCAAGUCCGCGCCAGUUCGGCUAAGGACAUGGACUCCCACUUCCUGUGGGAGCUCAUCCAUCUGCGUUCCCAAUUGCAACGCCGCUCCGAGAAAGUCUACGUGCUGUCCAACAGCACUGCCGACUUCCGCAACGCCUUCCUGAAGACCAUUCGCCAGAUCAUCCGCGAAAGCGUCCGGAACAUGUCAAUUCCGAUGAAGAACUUUGGCGGCAGCUCCGGCUCCGUCUCCGGCCACUCCUCGCAGGGCAUGGGCAGCAUGGGCUAUGCGGGCAACUCUCAGACGCUGGAACGUCCCAAGCAGCAGAUCACCAUCGUUCAUGGCUCGCACACUCUGGGCAAACCAAAGAAGAAGUCCGGCUCGCAGCGCCACUCGGCUGGCAACAUUGACUACGACAAUUUGUCGGGCAGCCAGGAGGCAGACGAUCUGCCACCCAGUGUGGGCGUGGUCCACUACGCCUCCGGCCACGCCCACGGCCAGCAGAUGCAGCCAGCUGGAUUCCGCGGUCGCAGCAAGACGGUGGGCGAUGUUACAGAAAUCACCUGCUCUUCCCCAGAACCCCAUCAGCAGCAGCAGCAGCAACAACAGCAACAGCUGAUGCAGCAGGGACACGCCCAUGCCCACCCACAUCCCCAUCCGCAUCCAAGGGAGCCACCGCCGCCUCCGAUCAGGCAGCCACAUCUGCACCACCACAGCUCGGACAUCGAAAGGAUCGAUCCUGGAACGAAAUCGGAGGGCGAGGAGGACUCGCAACAGGGCACAAUCAGGCCCAAGGCCACACUGGGUCGAACGCCCAAUCACCUGACGCUGAGCACCACAUCGACGCUCUCGGUGGGCAGCACCGGCAGCCAGGCGCGCCUCAUUCAAUCGUCGCAUCCGCCGGCCAGUUACCAGCCGGUGCUGAUGAAGGACCUAGGGUCCCCGGUGUGGAAACCACGAGACAUGAUAAAUUUAGGCACAGAUCCACAGUCAACAACCCGCAAAGACGAUGUGAAAAAUUAAAUCAGAAAAAGCAAAGCAAAACAUUUAGUAUCAAGCUAAGCAAGCAUAAGAACUCUUAAUCCACAACUUCAAAUCCUCUGUUCGAUUUCUCAAUUUUACCUAAUCAAGUGUAAGGCAACGGCAACAGAAACAGCUAAAAGCAAAAGCAAAGCAAAAGCAGAAAGCAGAAAGCAAAAGCAGAAUGCAAACAGCAGAAGCAACAGUUCAAAGUUCAAAGCAGGCGAGCAGGCGAACCAAAAAGCAUUUUUCAAGCUCAAUUCUGCGACAUGAAGAUGCAUUGAAUCACCGGUGAAUGGAUGUGAUUGUUUUUUGAAGAAUGCUUGGCUUCGGUUUGCUUUCGCUCUUUUUUAAUGGAUAAAACAUCGAAGAGUUUUUGUCAUUUUUUACGUUUGCGUUUUUUAAACGGGAAAAGCACCACGAAAAGGAUGUCACAGAUCCUUUUUAGAAAGAGAGAAACGAAAAAAGAAACGGAACAAAACCUAAAGCAUAAAUGAAAACCAAAAGAGAAGACUUUCAUUUAUAUUGAUUGUAUUUAAAGUGCAAAACAUAUAAUAAAAGCAUAAUUAAAGCGAAGGAUUUUGAGCAGAUUUAAUAUGAACUAAGUGAACAGAUUUAACAAGAUUAAGAAAUACGAGAACAAAUUCAAAUGCAUUUGUCGCUGAAAAGACUUGAAAGUAAAUUUCGAUUUAAAUACAUUUAUUGAGGACAAGACGAAGAAGCAGCUGUCAAAGCGACGAGGAGGGAAACCCGUAAACAAAUUGCAACCAUAGUAUUUAGGCUUAGAGAAUUUAAAUUAUAAAAGAAAACAAAACACAAAAAACAAAAAACAAACGAAGACCCCAGAGAAUUGCAACAAAAUAUAAGAAAAAAGAAGAAACAAAAGUCAAAUGCAAAGUAAGCAAAACCAAAGGGUUGAAUGAAAAACAUUUUAGCCAAUUAAGCCACACACACACAAACUGAAGCAAAUCAACACACUCGUAAUCGUAAUGAGAAAAUUUAAAUGAAAACACAGCAAUGAAAAUGUUUAGUUCGUAGGAAGUACACUGAAAAAAUACAUAAAGAUACCAUACAAAAUCCACAUACACAUAAACGAAAAAUAGCAAAAAUUUAGUCAAAAUGUUAAAUGGUAAACUAAAAGAAACCAAAAUAAUAAUAACGAAGCAAACGAUUCCAUGCAAUUAAAUUGGGCUCCCAGCCUCCACAAAGAAUCCAAUCAGCAAAUACAAGCAAACAAAAAUUAACUCAAAGCAAACUCAACACGUUAAAGCGGGCAAACAUUAAAUUAAACUAUAAAACUAUGCAAAGAAAACCAAAUAAAUGAAAGUGCAUAAGCAUAAAAAAGCAAGUCAAACCCAAAAAGAAAGACAACACCUUCUAGCAGAAUUACAAUAAUAAUUAAGAACUUCACUUUGAACACGCUAAUCGAUAUAUCGAUAUAUCGAUAAUGGCAGCCUAUUCCCAGCCCAAAAAAAUCCCAUAGACAAAGGCACAAUUUUCGAGUACUCGAUUAAAAGGAUACUUUUGAUUUUCCUACGUCUCAAUACCCUAUGGUUUUCAAUUUUUGUAGGACGAAUUUUUAGCAAGAAGAUGCAGAUAUAUAGUCGAAUACAAUGAAAAAAUUCUACCAGAUGAGAAAUAAUAAUUAAUUGGUUGUGAAUGCAGCUUGGAUGUUAAUUCGAUUCAGGAACAAUGAAAUCCCCAAUUGCUGAACGUUUGUUUAUUCUUCUGCACGCACACAGCAGUGUGCGUGCGAGUGGCGAUUGUCUUUUUUUUUCAGUGUACUUGCAGUUGCAUUGCUCACACUCAUUAUUUUGUACCCCCCAACCCCCCCUCAGAAAAACGUCAUAAACUCAUUGAACCAUAUAGCAACAAAUCGAAACAUAAUCAAAACAUUUUUUAGGUUUCCAAUCAAAUUGAAUUAAAUAUACAAAAAUAAACUCGAAUUAAACAAUGAGAAAAACUAAGAAAAACGUAAUAAUUGAAACUACAGACCAUAGACAGCUAUAUGAUGUGGAGUAAAUAGAAAUUCUAAAUGUAUACAACAGUCUAAUGAUAGAUCUUUAUCGAUCGCAUCGUCGAUGCGGAAGAUUAUGAUGAUGAAUGCUAAUCAAACACGGGACAAAACAAGGAGAAAUUUACCAAAUACCAAAUCACAACAUUUUAACAUAAUUUUUACAGUUUGUAUAAGUUCGACAGAGGCAACGUACAUAAAUAAUAAUUAUAAUGAUUAACAAUAAAAGCCAGCGGUCAGUUGGAAGACUUUAGCGAAAUGAAAUAGUUAAAUUAUGAAACUCAUUUGAUGGCGAAUGAUAUGGUGGCGUGAAACUUUUUGUACGCAUUUGACUAUUUUUAAAGCAUUUUUAUUAAAUAUAUAUACAUACAUAGUCACUAUUAUACGAAUGUUUGAGAGCCAAACGAUGUACUCAUUUAAUUAAGUUCACGUGCACACAAUGCACUGGAAUCUCUUUUAACAAAUUGUUAUCGGAUAUUUGAUUUGUUUGAGCGUAUUGUUAGUUAUAUGUACAUGUAUCUCUUAUCACACUUUCCUUUCGACAAGCGAACGAGGCAGCAGGAAAAACGAGGGUAACAAUUGCAUAUUAAAUACAAUUUAUAAGUCAGCCACACACACACACACACUCAAACCAAAUUCGAAACAGAAAUCAAUAGCAAAAUGCAGCAGCAUUGGAAACAAAUGUUGCCAUUUACGAAUGGACAACAGCAGACAGCAACAUUGAAAUUCAAUUUUUAUUGUAAACCUAAUUAGCAGCUGCAACAAGAAGAACAAAAAUAUAUUACAACAAAAACGAACAUGCAAUGGAUGUUAAUACUUUUUGAGAACGAGAAAAAAAAA